UUCACAUUUUCCAGGAGGGCAUCUUGGUAACAUCCCAUCUCCAAUUCUUCAUUCUUUAAAGCCUCCCUGUGUCGCAGAUAGAUUGCCAUUAGGCAAAAGAAGCGAGAAGCGGAAGUUUCUUCCCCAUCCCACAAAGAAGUGCCAAACAAGAAAGAAAACAGAGCAAGACAGACCAGACGGGCAGAGUAAAAAUUCCAUUCCAUUCCAAAAAAGGAAGAAAAGAAGAGAAAAAGCCCAGAAAUGGGAGAAGCAGUUGUACUUUGGAUUCCGGACGAAGAAGACGAUCAUCAUCAUCAUCAUCAUCUUCCUUCGGGCUCUGGCAGCAGCGGCGGAGUUUCCAUGGCGUACUGCAGAAUCUGCCACGAAACCGGAUUCGAGAGCUUCAAGAGCCUGGAGGCGCCCUGCUCUUGUUCUGGAACCGUUAAGUACGCGCACAGAGAUUGCAUACAGAGAUGGUGCGACGAGAAGGGGAAUACAAUCUGCGAAAUCUGUCUCCAGAACUACGAACCUGGGUAUACAGCUGCAAAAGUAUCAUCGUCAAAGAAAGACGAUGAGUUAUUAGAGGCAUUGACUAUCAGAGAUAGCUUGGAGAUUGGGAAUGAAGAAGGAAUGGUGGCACAAGUGGGUGUCCGCCACAUGGCGGGAGAGUAUUCGGUGUGCACAACCGCCGCCGAUAGAAUCGUUGGUGUAUGCCGUUCUUUGGUCCUAACCUUUACGUUCCUUCUAUUGUUGAGACAUUCGUUUGAGACACUUGUGACUGGAACAGAAGAAGACUAUCCAUUCACAAUCACCACCAUACUCAUACUAAGGGCCAGUGGGAUAAUCAUUCCAAUGUACAUAAUCGUUCGAACCAUAGCAUCCCUUCAAAAAAGCAUUCGUCGACGGUAUCAGGGUUGCGAUGAAGCUGACCAAAUAGAAGAUGGAAGAGGAUUUUCAGACGAGGAAGUAGUAGCAGAAGAAGAAGAGCAGCUGCACUUGGUAUAGUUUUUUCAGCACAAAACAUAGGCUCGCUGCAUGAAGAUUAAAGACUCCAUUUGUACAUUUUUUUUCUCUUUUUUCUUUUUCCUCCCUCCUUUCACAUCAUUCCUUUACUUCAUUUUCUCUCUCUUGGAGAAGCUGGCAGGCAACAUUUCAUGCCUCUACCAAUGCUUCUCCUCAUGCCAACAUUCUUUCCCUUCAUUUUGAAUAAAUCCUUCCUAAGUGUUGGAGUAACUACCUUUAGAAUGAAUUGAGAAAUAGGUCGCGAAAGAAAUAUAGAAUACUUAAAUUUACGUGAGUAACUUACAUGAUGUGUACUAGUUACAUCUACCGACAGGA